GGUUCAAGAAGUUCUCGAGCCAAUAUGUCUAUAACCGUUGGACAGGUCUCGGGCAUUAUCGCCUUUGUCGCGGUAGUGGUGCAUAUUUUGGUCCCUUUGUUAGCUGUCAUCGUGUUCGUCGGUUUUCUUUCCAGCGAAAACACCGCUGCAACAUGGUCGGUCGUAAAUCGCCAAAUACAGUCCACUCUCUGGCCCAUCUUCCUCCGUGCCGACUCGACAAAUACUCGAAAUGUUGCACGUCGGGUUCGAGUUCUCACGCUCCUGAGGAGUGCUGUGUAUGUGAUUAUUUCAGUCGCUGCAUUUGUCACGCCACUUGGAUUGAAAGAUGCGAUCAAAGUCGGCGAGGAGACGACUCUACAGUUUCAAUAUAUUAAUGAUAAUUCGUCGUUUAAGUUCGGGACGCCGCCCCGGUAUAGUCAGUUCGCGCGACUGUGUGGGUAUAUGCUUAAUGUGAACUGUCCGGGGUCGUUUGGAGGGAUGGCGACAUUUUCUAACGCUACAGGUUGGUACGAGAUUCCUACCACACCCGACGCAAUCAUCAACACCACCAUCCCUUCAAACUAUCUAGAAAUGUUUUCCAGCGCCACGUCCAGUCCAGGAACUACCCUCUCUGGCCUUUUCGACAUCCAGUACCGCGUAUGGUCAGUGUCUGUUGAUGAAAAAAGCAACAUCGACGGCGGCAAACCCUACGCCACCGGCACUUACAGAGGCAUGGACAACAUGAUCCUCAGUAACGGAGUCGUUCUCAUCGAAGGCGUGGUCGCUGAUAUGACGAACGGCGGUGUCGGUUAUCGCAAUCAUACUGUCCCUUCGAACAUUCCAUACGGCGCAACAUGGUCCGAAGAUCUGACCUGGGUUGAGCCUAUCACCGAAUGCGUCGACACCAAUUUAACUAUCCAGUUUCACCUAGGUUCAGAAGAUUCCGAACCUUCUAAUGUUAGUCUGGUAGAUAAUGGCGGUUUCACGAAUCUUGCGCGUGAAUACCCCGAAGGCUUAUGGAACGACCGACAGAACCCAGAUCUUCGAGCUCGCGCGUACAAGGGGGCAUGGAUUAACAAUGCACUAACUGCCAUUUACCUCAACGUCACACGUCCUGGAGACUUGAACCAAAUGAACUCUUCUAUUGGUCAACGGUUCACGCGAGCCGGGUCCGGCCUUGGUUUCAGUCCGAAACUAUACUCCACUCAGUUCGGGCAGAUUGAUGGAGGGUAUAUGACGUUCGACACACCAAGUUUGGAUGCUACGGCGACUACCAUUACUGCGGACAACUUCACCGAUGCGUCUAUUAUAUGUCAAGGCUGGGGUAUUGGUGAUUUAGCGAAUUACACCAAUACUGGUAUUUACUGUGGUUACCUAUACGGAAACCCCCAGAGCGGUGCGAGCAAUCCUCUCGUUUUCGAGCCAAUGCGGGUUUACACACAAAAUAUAUACGUGUGUGCGACGGCGCUUCGUCAGAAGGUUAAAACGAUCAACUUCUUAGCCAACGGUACAUCCGAUGUCAGCCAGCUUCAUGUUACCAGCAUAACCGACAAGGUUUAUACGGACAAUAGCUCAAUGCCGAUGUGGGCAAUAGAAAACAGCAAUUGGACGAUCGAAGACGUAGCGCCGGUCUGGGGUAUGGUGGAUAAACGAUUCGAGAACACGACUGGGUUUGACACUCUGCGAGCAGAACAGUUCUACCUACCAGCUACCAGCAAUAAGGCUGUCUCUGGUCUAGGUUCGGCGACUGACAGCUUAGCACAGGCCCGCGCCUUCCAGGAAGCCCUAUACUCCAUUUACCCCUACCAGGGAGCUGGGAACAAUUUCUUCUCCGGCUCAGACAACUUGGCCCUGAGUCGGGUAUGGUCUGAACUAUCGAGUAGUCCAAUAACCGCGGCGACGAUAAUCGAUCUGAUCUGGACGCAGAUUGUAGCGACUGCAACCGUCGGUAUCAAGACAGUCACAACGGACAGCUCCAAUAACAAUGGACGAUCAGCAACACCAUACGUACACGGGAUCGCAUAUCACUGGCCAUACGCCAUUCCUGCAUUUUUGGUACUUGUGGUUUUACUCGGCAUUAUGUGCUUGGCGUUCUUCGUGUCUCUGACGUCGCGCUUCUCGUUGCGGAUUCUGCGGCAGUUGCUGAACCAGACGGCGACCGGACGAAUUGCCACCAGUUUGCUGUAUCCUACAGUGGCGGAUCCAGCUGCUGCUACGAAGACGUGGGCGGCGACUGCAGGAAAAACGCCGUUGAUGUUUGCGGUUGUCGAGAAGGAAAAGACUGGGCAGGAAAUACCAGGGGCGGCGUCGAGCCAUGUUAUUACCCCGUCAUCAACGACAAACUUGUCGUUUCCGCGUGUAGGGGCGGGCAAUGGGGACUAUAUUAUGAUGAAGGAGAAUCCAAACGAUCCUCGGUAG